AUGUUUUUCAUGCGGCAUGGUUUGUUAAUUGCACCAUCCCCGGACAAAAGGAGGACGCAUCCUGUAAACUAGAUCCGUUGAUUCCUACAAUCUUUGCCUUCCUAUUUGUUCCCGUGCCAUCUUUUCCAUCAGCUGAAGCUAUGGAUAAGUCUAGGUGUCAAAAACACUCCAGAACUACUCAUUGUGACGCUGAAGAGGUUAGCAGCAUGGAGUGGGCGUUCAUCAACCUGUCAGAACAAGAAGAAGACCUCGUUUACAGAAUGUAUAGGCUAGUCGGUGACAGGUGGACUCUCAUAGCAGGGCGGAUCCCAGGCAGGAAACCUGAAGAAAUAGAGAGGUUUUGGAUAAUGAGGCAUGACGAAGGGUUUGCUGAGAAGAGGUUGAAGAAAGCAAGCUGAGAGGAGAAUAUUCUGUCAGAAAUGGUUGAUGCCAACCAUGUAGUUCAUCAUGCUGAGGACCCACUUUAUGCCCAUCAUAUGUUCACGGACUCUGUCCUUUAUCAUCUACAUUAUUUUUUUUUUUUUCCCUUUUCUUUUUUUUGGAAGAUCCAACUAGUUUGUUGUGUUGUUUUAUGGACCAUGAGAGUUGUCCCUCUCAAACUUCUUGCACCCUACCAUGGUUUUGCCCUAGUAGAAACAAAGCUAUUUGUACUUUCAACAUACAUUACACUGUUAUUUAUCCUCAGCCAGUUGUAUGAAG